AUGGACUAUAGGACAGGACUGCUGCUUCUGACUGUCUGCUGGACAGGUGGAGAUCAUCACUAAUCUGAGUUGGACUUUUUCACCUCAUGACAACAAACUCACUUCAAUCUGUUGGUUUUUUUUUCUUCUGUCUUUUCAGGUGUUGGUGGUCAGACUCUGACUGAAUCUGAGCCGGUGGUUAAACGUCCUGGAGAAUCCCACAGACUGACCUGUACAGCCUCUGGAUUCACAUUCAGCAACCACUGGAUGAACUGGGUCAGACAGGCUCCUGGAAAAGGACUGGAGUGGAUUGCUCGUAUCAGCAGCGGUAGUGGUAGUAGCACCUACUACUCUGAGUCAUUUAGAGGCCGGUUCACCAUCUCCAGAGACAACAGCAGACAGCAGCUGUAUCUGCAGAUGAACAGUCUGAAGACUGAAGACUCUGCUGUUUAUUACUGUGCCAGAGACCCACAACAACACAAACCAUCUGUAGAGCUGAACAAAAACCCCUCAGAGCCUGAACACCUGUGA